AUGGUCAAAACAAGCACUUUAGUCACUCUCUUCCAACUGUUCAGCAUCAUCGCUCCUGGACGAGCUUUCUCUCAGGAUAUCCUCUACCCCUACGGACCAGCCUACAGGGACUUAGAGACCCCAAAGAUGGAUGACGGCAGUUCAGCGGAAUUUUCCCUACUUGUUCCGUUCAUCUUCUUCAACAUCCCGUACCGUUCUCUUUACGUCAACAACAACGGUGUGAUAUCCUUCAACGUUCAGGUGAGCCAGUUCACGCCUGAGGCCUUCCCCUUGAGUGACAGUCGCUCCUUCAUCGCCCCUCUGUGGGCAGACUUACACAACGUUCGGGGUGACGUGUACUAUCGAGAGACAACCGAGCCGGAGAUCCUGGAACGGGCCACCCAGGACGUCCGCAAAUAUUUUAAGAACAUGCCCUCCUUUACCGCCACCUGGGUCUUCAUCACAACCUGGAGCCAAGUCACCUUUUACGGUGGCAGUCAGACCACGCCGGUCAACACGUUCCAGUCAGUAUUGAUCUCAGAUGGCCAAGCACACUUUGCCAUGUUUAACUAUGGGGAAAUCAACUGGACCACUGGCACUGCCAGUGGGGGAGACCCUCUGACUGGUCUCGGGGGAACCACUGCACAGUUUUCCAACGGUGGGGACGUCAGUCACUUCUUCAAUCUACCCGGGUCACGCUCGAACGAGGUCGUCAACAUUGAGCAGACCACCAACGUUAACAUGCCUGGACGCUGGCUCUUCCGCAUCGACACAGACCAGAUAGACCCAGCCAACGGCUGCAGCUAUAACGGUCGUUAUUACCGGCGCGGAGAGGUGUUCUGGCUGUCUGACCAGUGCACCCAGCGAUGCCGCUGUCUGGACGUGAAUAACGAGGUGAUCUGUCAGGAGGCCCCGUGCGGACAGUUGGAGACAUGCGAACAGCAGGAAGGGGCUUACUACUGCCAGCCUACACGCACCAGCACCUGCGUGGUGUUUGGAGACCCCCACUACCACACCUUCGACGGUUUUCUCUACCACUUUCAGUGUCCGUUUUUUGUUUUUUUUUCCGCAGGGCACUGCUCUACCUUCAUCGCACGGCCGUGCUUUGAGAUACCAGGCCUGCCCACCUUCAGUGUGGAAGCCAAGAAUGAGAACCGGGCGUGACGACUGCUGUCCUGGCUGCGUGACGUCACCGUAGAGGUAUACGGCCACCGUAUCAGCCUGCCUAAAGGAACCAUGGGUAAUGUGCAGGUGGAUGGCUUGAUUAAGACCCUCCCAGUCCAGCUGCAGCUGGGCGCGGUCAAGGUGUACCAAUCUGGUGUGGCCGUUGCCUUGGAGACAGACUUCGGCCUGUUGGUGACGUACGACGGCCAACAUUACGCUUCCAUUUCACUUCCCAGCUCAUACUUCAACAACACCUGCGGUCUCUGUGGUAACUAUAACGACGACCCUGCGGACGACCCUGUGCUGCCAGACGGUUCGCUGGCGGAGAGCGUUGUGGAGUUGGGCGGGAGCUGGCGGGCGGAGGACACUGACUGGCGGUGCACGGACGGAUGCGCCCAGAACUGCAGCGUGUGCGAGCCAGCGACCGAAGCCUUCUACUUUCGUCCGGAUUACUGUGGGCUCAUCAAUAAGACAGACGGUCCCUUCAGGGACUGUCGGGCCGUGGUGGACCCCACGGCUUUCGUUUAUAGCUGCGUUUAUGACAUGUGCAGUAACCGUGACAACAUCACAACCCUGUGCCAAGCCAUUCAGGCAUAUGCCCUUGCUUGCCAGGCACUCGGUGUUACCAUCCGACCGUGGAGGUCACGCACGUUUUGUGCCCUGUCAUGUCCAGAGUUCAGCCACUAUGAGGUGUGCACUAGCGCUUGUCCCGCCUCCUGCUCUGACCUCACUGCACACCUUUACUGCACCCACCCCUGCACAGAGGGCUGCCAAUGUGACCAGGGCUACGUGCUGAGUGGGAGUCGGUGCGUAAGGAGGUCCGACUGCGGGUGCGAACAGGAUGGACUUUACUACCCGCUAAACGAGACCUUCUGGGCGGGAGAAGGAGGCGUGGUGGGGGGUGAGUGCUUGCAGAGGUGCGUGUGCGGCUUCGCGGGGGAGGUGACGUGCUAUAACGACUCAUGCCGGGAAGAGGAGGUUUGCAUGGCCGAGGUUGGACUCCUGGGAUGCUAUCCGCGGCGAGAGGCGGUCUGCUCGCUCUCCCAGACCUACGUCCUGUCCACCUUCGAUGGCUCCACCAUGGCCUUCCCAGACGAGAACUCCUUCUAUCUGGUGAAGACCUGUGGAGUUCUGCCUCCCAAUGUUUCGGCUGUGGAGGUGAAGAUUGGCAGGAAGCUGACGAAUAAGGGACCCACUUGGAUGCGACCCGUGGUAAUUAGGGUGGGUCACCUGGAAGCACAGAUGGGCGGCUCGGAUUUCGACAUUGUCAAGCUGAACAGUGAGCUAGUGGUCCUGCCGUAUGUCCAUCCUGUGGAGCCUCUGAUUAUAUACAGAGCCCCCGGUAACGCUACUGUGAUCGAGUGGAGCGGACUGGUAAGGGCCCGGUACACUAGGCAAGGUCUUCUCAACAUAACCCUGUCCAUGCUCCUGUACAACGCCACCUGCGGCCUCUGCGGCUACUUCAACGGCGACCCUUCCGAUGACUUGCGUCUGCCCAACGGCAGGCAGGCGGAUUCGGCCGAGCUCUUCGUGGAGGGCUGGAGAGCCAUCGCGGAUGACCUGACGUGUAACGGCGACUGCGAGGACCUUUACCGUAUGUGUGUGGAUCUGAGACUGUACCAGAGCCCCUGGCUCUGCGGAAACAUCAAUGACCCAAGCAACAGCUCUUUCUUAGCCUGCCAUGCCGCUGUCAACCCCUCACCCUUCUUCAGAAACUGUCUGUAUAACAUGUGUGUGAAGGAAGGCAAUCGUUCGGCACUUUGCUCUUCCCUGCAAGCUUACGCCUCAGCAUGCCAAGAUGCACAAAUAAAUCUAGGUUCAUGGAGGAGCGCUACCAACUGCCCUCUGCCUUGCCCAGAAAACAGUCACUUCGAAGAGUGUACCUCCGCGUGCCCGCUGACCUGCGCCAACUUGGACGAACCAGAGGAGCCGUGCCCAUUGCCCUGUAUUGAGGGUUGCCAGUGUGAGGAGGGGUUCGCUUUACGAGACGGCCUGUGUGUCGCCCGUAGCGACUGCGGUUGUUUCUACCUGGGCCGUCAACUGGCCACCAACGAGACAUUCUGGACGGACUGGGAAUGCCAGGAACGCUGCUUCUGUAACGGCUCUGACAACAGCGUCUACUGCACCUUCUCGCCCUGCCACCCGGAGGAGUACUGUCAGGAGAGCGAGGGGCUUUUCUACUGCCAACCCCGCACCGAGGCCCUCUGUGUCGUCGGCGGUUACAGCCACUUCCUGCCGUUUGGCGGCGUGCCGUUCGAUCUCCAGAGCAGCUGUUCUCUGACAAUGGCCACCACAGAGUGUGGAGGAGCUGAUGAGGAUAGUGACGGAGAUGGACAGAGUGACGGAGGUCUCAGCGCUGUGAUGGAACCUGGGGGGCUCCCACAUUUCCAGCUGUCGGUCCGAAAUGAAGAGAGGGACACGGGGCAGGCCAUCUGGGUGCGGGGCUUCGUUCUGGAGGUUUACGGCUACGAGAUUGAGGUGUCGCGAAGCUUCAAGUACAUGGUUACGGUAAAUAAGGAACGCCUGUACCUGCCUGUGAAACUGGGCCCAGGAAAGAUCAACAUUCACACUCUGGGACUGCAGUUACUUGUGGAGACAGACUUUGGUUUGAAGGUGGCUUUUGAUUGGAAUACCUUGCUUUUGCUCUCGCUGCCUCGUAGCCUGUAUAAUGUCACAUGUGGAAUUUGUCAGGGAAUGCCUGUUUCUGGCCCCGCCCUGUCAGUCGCUGAUUGGGGGAUGGCAUGGGCGGAGCGCGAUACCUUCUGCCAGGUGGGCUGCGGCGAUUCUUGUCCCCGUUGCGGCCUUGUUGAGAGGGGCGUGGCAGCUGACGCCCCGGUCCAGGUUGCCGAUGCCGUCGGCAUGGCCAGCGGGGAAGACGGUAACCCCGGAAACCGCUUCCAUUUAGCUGAGGGGCUGUAUGUGUUCGUCGAGCCGGAAGCAGUGAGACUUUGUGGACUUAUAAUAGAUCGCGGAGGUGUCUUUUCACGAUGCCACAGCAAGGUGGCGCCAGCUUACUUCUACCAGAGCUGUCUGCAGGAUACCUGUGUGGACCAAGGGGAGCAAGACACCAUCUGCAACUGGCUCCAGAUCUACGCCAGCACCUGCCAGACACAGGGUGUGCCUGUCACAGGAUGGAGGAGUGCCACACCAUGCGUGCUGAACUGCCCAGCGAACAGUCACUAUGCCAGCUGCAUGAUGGUGUGCCAACCACAGUGUGCCCCCGCGCGUGGGCAGCGUGACUGUAAUCAAUACUGUGUGGAGGGAUGCCAGUGUGACCAGGGCUAUGUCCUUAACGGCAAGAGCUGCAUUCUCAGCCAGAACUGCGGCUGCUACACUGACGGCAAGUACUACGAGCCUAAGCAGUUGUUCUGGAACAGCGACUGUACCAAGAGGUGUCAGUGUAUCGGACGAAACCUGAUUCAGUGUGACCCACGGCGAUGCAAAACGGAGGAGGAGUGUGUGCUACGUCACGGCGUGCGUGGCUGCUUCGCCCGUCGCACCCAGCACUGCGUGGCGUCGGGUGGCGGGGUGUUCCGCACGUUCGACGGGGCUUCUCUCCGCCUCCCCGCCUCCUGCUCCUUCGUCCUGUCCACCAUUUGCCACAAGCUUCCGGAACUCUCCUUCCAGCUUAUUGCUAACUUUGACAAGUGGAGCACCCCCAACCUCACCACCAUCUCCCAUGCCUACCUUUACAUCAAUGAGGAAAACAUACUCAUCUCUGGCAAUACCGUCAAGGUCAACGGGACUCCCGUGUCCGUGCCUUUCGUCACCGGACUCAUGACCCGCGUGUCAACGUCUGAGGGGUUCCUGGUGAUUGACACGCCUCAGGACAUCCAGGUUCGCUACAACCGAUUUAACACGCUCAGUAUUACCAUGGGACCGCGGCUCCAGAACAAGGUGUGCGGCCUGUGUGGAAACUUCAACGGAGACCCCAACGACGACUACAUCACGUCCCGCGGUAAACCUGCCGUCAGCGCCCUGGAGUUGGCACAGAGUUGGAAGACCAAUGGCAUGCAGAACAGUUGUGACGAGACUCAGUACGUGGCUUUGGCCCAGUCAUGUGAUAACACGGCGAUUCUGGAGCUCCAGGGAGAGGACAGCUGUCUGAAGCUCACCCAGACGAAAGGCUUCUUCCAGCCCUGCCAUGGCCUGUUGGAUCCUCAUCCCUUCUACCAGUCCUGUUACCUGGAUGGCUGUUACAACCACCGGAAGGCGCAAGUGUGCGGCUCCAUGGCAGCUUACGCUGAAGCCUGCCGCUCCUUUGGCAUCCUCACCACGAAAUGGAUCUCUCAGGAGAACUGCUCAGAAUGGAUCUACGACCCCUGUGCAGGAGAGAUUUGCACGAACAACACGUGUGAGCAGGAGAACGGAGGAGACCUGUGUGGCUGCCCCGAACUGCCCAGCACUGACAUUGGCGAGGAUGACAUCAUCCAGGCAGAGGUGACGUGUAAGCACGCUCAGAUGGAAGUGUCCAUCUCCAAGUGUCGGCUUUUCCAGCUGGGCUUCGAACGGGAGGAUGUUCGUAUUAAUGACCAGCACUGUCCUGGUAUAGAAGGAGAAGAUUUUAUAUCCUUCCACAUCAACAACACCAAAGGCCACUGCGGAUCCAUCGUUCAGUCCAAUGGUACACACAUCAUGUACAAGAACACCGUGUGGAUUGAGAGCAUUAAUAACACGGGGAACGUAGUGACCAGAGACAAGACCAUCAAUGUGGAGUUCUCUUGUGCCUAUGAGCUGGACAUCAAGAUAUCCUUGGAGACAGUGCUGAAACCCAUGCUAAGUGUGAUAAAUCUUACCUUACCCACUCAAGAAGGGAACUUCAUCACUAAGAUGGCGUUGUACAAGAACGCCUCUUACAGACAGCCGUACCGGGAGGGAGAGGUGGUACUCAGCACGCGAGAUGUGCUGUACGUGGGGGUUUUCGUGGAGGGAGCGGACGAGCAUCAACUUAUUCUCAUAGUCAACAUGUGCUGGGCUACGCCGUCCCGUUAUAGCAACGACCGGCUACGCUACAUCAUCAUAGAGAGAGGGUGCCCAAACAUUAAAGACAACACCAUAGGUAUGGCUGAAAAUGGAGUGUCCCUCACCUGCCGUUUCCAUGUCACCGUCUUUAAAUUCAUCGGUGACUAUGAUGAGGUUCAUCUGCACUGUGAUGUCACUUUGUGUGACUCAGAGACUAACGCCUGCAAAGUGAACUGUCCACACAACAGAAGGGUAUACUCAGACUACAGUCAGCAAAAAGAACACAUAUUGACAGUUGGGCCAAUCAGAAAAAGAGAGUCAGACUGGUGUGAAGAGGAUAAUGGAGGCUGUGAACAGAUCUGUACGAGUCAGAUGACGGGCGCUGUGUGUAGCUGUGUGACAGGAAUGUUGCAGAAAGAUGGAAAAAGCUGCCGUGCCACUAGCUCAAGUGAUGACCUUCGGCCUCUGGUUUCUCUGGUUAUCAUUGGUGUCAGCAGCUGUUUCGUCCUCAUUCACACACACAUGUCCGUCUUCUACUCUUAA